AAAUUCACCUGCCCAUAAUGCUUUCCGGCUUUCGCCAUUGUCAAAUACGGACGUGUAGAACGUAAAUAACACUCAUGUCGGAGGUCGAAGCGUUUGAAAGUUUUGAGGGCGACAAUGUCCAGCCCCCGGUAUUCGAUCAAGCACCGGUCGUCCAGCCAGCGGAACUCCCGGACAAUAGGCUAUUCGGACGCUGGAGUAGCAAUGAUAUCCACAUUUCGGACAUUUCCGUAUCGGAUUACAUCGCAGUGAAGGAGAAGCACGCCAAGUAUCUUCCCCAUUCGGCUGGUCGGUAUGCCGCUAAACGGUCCCGCAAGGCACAGUGCCCAAUUGUUGAGCGUCUCACCAAUUCGUUGGUGAUGAAGGGACGCAACAACGGUAAAAAACUGAAAGCUGUCCGAAUCGUGCGCCAUGCGUUUGAAAUUAUGCAUCUGCUAACCGGCAAAAAUCCGCUGCAGAUUGUGGUGCAGGCCAUAAUCAACUCGGGGCCACGUGAAGAUUCGACCCGUAUUGGUCGUGCCGGUACUGUGCGUCGUCAGGCCGUUGAUGUUUCCCCACUGCGGCGCGUGAACCAGGCUAUCUGGCUUCUGUGUACCGGUGCUCGUGAGGCUGCUUUCUGCAACAUCAAGACUAUUGCCGAAUGCUUGGCUGAUGAGUUGAUUAACGCUGCUAAGGGUUCCUCUAACUCGUACGCCAUCAAGAAGAAGGACGAACUGGAACGUGUCGCCAAGUCUAACCGAUAAACCGUUACGGCAAGGCACAUGUGUGGCCGCCGAGCGAUACAGCUUCCUCCGACUUUCAGACGAAGCAU